AGGGGGAGGUGCAGCGCCCAUCUGUUUUGUUGUGGACAUUUUUGUGUUCGCGCAGUUUGCUGAUGGAAAACACGUUUUAUUGUGUUUUUCUAGAUGUAUAAAUACCACGCGAAGCUGUUUAAUAAAGUAUUAACAUCUCCGAUGUGGAACUCUUCUGUUAAAUCCCAAAGAUGAAGAAGAGCAUGAAGCAGAACAUGGAGGAGAAAAAGGUGGGUGUAGAGGAAGAAGCUUCAGCACCUGCCAUGGACAAGUGUGAGGUCUCAACUGGUGGCGAGUCUGCACAGGAAAGACAGUGUCUUCGAAUUUCGCAAAGCGAUAGCUGCUUCCUUGAGUUCUUAAACAAAGACCGACAUGCAGUGCAUUCGUUUUGCGAUAUAGCCAUCACUGUUCGUGGGGAAAUGUACCCAGCACACAAGGUGGUAUUAGCGUUCGGGAGCAGCUACUUCCAUGCUAAACUGAGCGAAAACCCUCAGCUGGACCAUAUGAACUUUGACGAUGUAGAUAGUUCCACAUUUGAACACUUGCUCAACUUUCUGUACACGUCCGAAAUGGAAGUGCAGCAGGGCCAAAUCCCAUCUUUAUCCGAGGCUGCGUGCUUCUUUGACAUGAUGGAGGCGGUGAAUCUUCUAGCAGGUGAAGCAACACCAAACCGAGCACCAGAAGAAGUCGAGAAGGAGGAGGAAGUGCUGGUGGAGGAACCUCGGAGUUCUUCUUCAGGAGAGCUUAAGAAGCCUCAAUCUCCUGGAGAAGCCCAGUGUUUGCUUUGCAGCCGGACGUUUUGCUAUAAAAAGUCGUUGGAGAACCACAUGGCCAAGAUGCACAGCCAAGCUGAGGUCAUUGAAACGGCGGCUCCUUCGAGCAGUAAACGCACGUCGACCCGUCAGAGGAGGACACCAAGAAAAUUUGAGAGCCAGGACAGCAAGAACUGCCUUGGAUUGGAGAACCGUAGGCCAAAGGAUGCAAAUGUGGACGAAGGAAAUAGCUCUGAUGAUGAUGAUGAUGAUGAUGAUGAAGAAAACCAGCAUGAACAAAUCAAAGAUGGAGAACAAAAAGAAACAGAAAGCGCUCUGGAAGCAGAGACUGGAAGCGUGAGAAGUGAGGACAAUGCAGAUUGUAGGAAGGAGGUGGAGUCAAGUGCUAGUCAUGUGACCAAGGACCAUGAUGCAUCAGUGGCGCAGAGCAGUGGCGGCCAUGUUUACCCAGAAGGCCUUACCCCAGUGAUCAUCCAAAAUGGCAACAAAAAGACGCUCAAAUGCCCAAAGUGUGACAAGACAUUUGAUCGUAUAGGAAAAUAUGAGAGUCACACGCGAGUGCACACCAGAGAAAAGCCGUUUCAGUGUGACGUGUGUCUGCAGCGCUACUCCACUAAAUCCAAUCUCACCGUGCACAAGAAGAAACACACCGCUGACGCUCCGGUGCAAAGAAAAGAUCACAAGUGUCCGUUCUGCAACAAACUUCACGCCAGCAGAAAGACGCUGGGCAAGCAUGUCAAAAGGUUCCAUCCUGACCACGUGCAGGAGUUUCUGAGCACGAGGAAGAGGAAGAGUGAAGGCUGGAAGUGUGAUAUCUGCCACAAGUCGUUCACGCGGCGCCCCCACCUGGAGGAGCACAUGAUCUUACACUCUCAGCACCGGCCGUUUAAAUGCGCCUACUGCGACGAGUACUUCAAGUCCCGCUUUGCCCGACUGAAACACCAAGAAAAGUACCACUUAGGACCUUUCCCAUGUGACAUCUGUGGACGGCAGUUUAAUGACACCGGCAACAGAAAGCGGCAUAUCGAGUGCACUCACGGAGGGAAGAGGAAGUGGACAUGCUCCCUGUGUGGCAAGUCGGUCCGAGAGAGGACGACGUUACGGGAGCACCUGAGGAUCCACAGCGGGGAGAAACCACACCUGUGCAGCAUUUGCGGACAAAGUUUCCGCCACGGCAGCUCCUACAGGCUCCAUGUUCGUGUCCACCACGAUGAUAAACGCUAUGAGUGCGAAGAAUGCGGAAAAGCUUUCAUUCGACACGAUCAUCUAAAGAAACACAAGAAAAUACACACCGGCGAGAGAGCGCAUCAGUGUGAAGAGUGCGGGAAAUGUUUCAGACGCGCCGAUCACCUGAACGUCCACUACAAAAGUAUUCACCUGGGAGAGAAAGUGUGGAGAAAGUACAAGGCUGUAGUGCACCAGUGUGAGGUGUGCAAGAAAGAGUUCAGAGGCAAAACCAAUCUGAUGACACACUUCAGGACGCAUUCAGGAGAGAAGCCUCACCGCUGCGUGAUCUGCAACCAAACCUUCCGCAUCAAGAAAACUCUGACCAAGCACAUGGUUAUCCACUCAGAGGUGCGGCCUUUCAGCUGCCCUCACUGCAGCGCCGCCUUCAAACGCAAGGACAAGCUCAAAUAUCACGUGGACCACGUCCACAGCGCGCGUCCUCCCAACCCAGCCUCUUCCGAAACACCCGACACGUCCCAAACGUCCAAACCGGCCGAGGUAUGCGUCCCCGUGGCUUUGGUGCCGGUCCACGUUCCAGAGGAAGCCGGUGCCGAUCUGCAGCAGCAGCCAGGUGGAUACCAGCCAUCCACUGACCUGGUCUUCCUGGAAAAAUACACGCUCACUCCUCAGCCGGCCAACAUCGUGCACCCGGUCCGGUCGGAUCAGAUCCUGGACCCGAGGGAGCCCUCGUACCUCAGCACGCUGCUCGGCCUCGACUCGGCCACCUCUGAGCACGCUCAGUAGCGUUUUAAAAGCUCACCUAAUAAGAUCAUGAAAUGUCAAUGGACUUUUAUUAACGUUUCCACUUUUUUUUUUAUUUAACAUUGUCUAGUAAUAGUACUGUCAAGAGCAAAAGUUCCCUGUGCAUCUCCUGUGUAACAUAUGAACCAUUUAAUAUGUUUCGCAUAGUCAGAAGUGUAUGAUAAGAUUAUAAUGAAGAAAAAAACAAAAACAAAUGACAUCAGAUCAGGUA